AUGUCUUUCGACCUUUCAUUAUAUUUGGUCACAGAUUCGACCCCAGCUAUCCUGAAGGGUCGGGAUCUUUGCACGGUUGUGGAAGAAGCCAUCAAGGGCGGUGUCACGAUCGUGCAGUACCGGGACAAAACCAGCGAUACUGGUGAUCUCAUCGCAAUGGCUGGCAAACUCCACCAAGUAACCAAGAAGUAUGGCGUACCCCUGUUGAUCAACGAUCGUGUCGAUGUAGCUCUUGCCAUCGGUGCAGAGGGUGUUCAUUUGGGCCAGGAUGAUAUGAAUUUUGCAGCGGCUAAGAAGCUUCUGCCCGAAGGUUCUAUCAUUGGAAUCAGUACAUCCACCGUGCAAGAGGCUCAGAAAGCUAUCUCUGAUGGAGCAGACUACCUGGGCAUUGGAACCAUGUUUGCCACUCCAACCAAAACGAACACCAAGUCUAUUCUCGGUACUGCGGGAACGCAAGAUCUACUGAAGGCAAUCGGUGACUCCUCUGUGGCCACGGUUGCAAUUGGAGGAAUCAACCACUCCAACGUGCAGCGGGUGCUCUAUCAAUCCCGAUGUGAUGCAAAGGGCCUCGAUGGCGUGGCCAUUGUUAGCGCCAUCGUUGGAGCUGAGAGUCCCAAGGAAUCAGCUGCAGAGUUUGCGCGCUUGAUCAAGGACGCACCUGUUUUCGCCUUAACCCCCACACCCUCUCGUGCCAACGAGAUCGAAAGCUUGACACGAGAGGUACCAGCGAUUGUCCGGAAGAUGACCGAGGCACAUCCAUUGGUCCACAACAUGAUCAACUUUGUCGUGGCCAAUUUUGUAGCAAAUGUGGCGCUCUCCAUUGGUGCAUCGCCAAUCAUGGCGCCACACGGUGAAGAGGCCAAGGACUUGUGCCAAUUUGACGGAGCGUUGCUCAUAAAUAUGGGCACCCUGACCAGUGAAAGUGUGUCAAAUUACCAGAAGGCUAUCCAGGCUUAUAACAGCCGAGGCAACCCCGUAAUCUAUGAUCCAGUUGGCGCAGCUGCUACGGAGAUUCGUCGAAACGCCGUCUCCACUCUUAUGGCCGGUGGCUACUUCGAUUUGAUCAAAGGCAACGAAGGUGAAAUCCGUCAGGUAUGGGGAAGUGGUGCUGUUCAACAGCGCGGUGUAGACAGUGGACCCAGCACCUUGGAUGAACAGCAAAAAGCGAAACUGGCUCGCGAUCUGGCUCGCCGAGAGCGCAACGUCGUCCUCCUAACCGGUGUUACCGACUAUCUCAGCGAUGGCGAGCGAGUGAUUGCCGUUGACAAUGGCCACCCAUACCUCGGCCAAGUGACAGGAACUGGAUGCGCCAUCGGCUCUGUUUCAGGGUGCUUCCUAGCUGCUCAUCGCUCUGAUAAGCUUCUAGCCGUCCUGUCCGGUCUCUUGAUGUUUGAAAUCGCCGCCGAGAAUGCCGCCGCCAGGGACUUUGUCCGCGGACCGGGCAGUUUUGUGCCUGCUUUCUUGGAUGAACUAUACGCGAUUCGAACAGCUGCAUUCAAGAGUCAGGACGGUUGGAUCUCUGGCCGUGCCAAGUUGCGCGAGGUGAAGUUGUAG